CGGCGGCGAGCCGCAGAGUCCGGCGCGAGCUGGGAGAGGUGUGUCGAUCCGUGUUUGUGUGAAACCACGUCGUUGCCGCUGCAGAGGGAGCGAAUGAGUUCGGAUGCGCUGCUAUUCGGGGUGCUGACGCACCAUGGGCUGCCAUACUGGACGCUCGCCAUGAUCUCGGGCUUUGCGCACACCAUCUACACGCUGAUCGUCCUCUUCAUUGUCUUCGGGCUGGUCGAGCGGCUCGGCUUCUGCGGCAUCUCGGUAUGGCGCUCCCUGUGCGGCUCCGUGGCGGAGCAUGAGAGCUCGCUGCUGCCGCUCCCGGUUCCGACUCCGACUGUGUGCGUGCAGCUUCCGAUGUACAACGAGCGUGCGGUGGCGGCCCGCUCAAUCGGCGCCGCGUGCAGCCUGCGCUGGCCGCGAGAGGCGUUCGAGGUGCAGGUGCUCGACGACUCUACGGAUCGGCUGGUCGCCGCGCUGGUCGACGAGACGGCGGCGGCGUGGCGUGCGCGCGGCGUGCGCUGCUCCGUCAUCCGGCGCGAGAGGCGGGACGGGUACAAGGCUGGCGCGCUCGAGCUAGGACGGAAGCGGACGAGCGCCGAGUUUCUGGCGAUGUUCGACGCCGACUUCGUGCCGGACGACGACUUUCUCCACCGCACCGUCCCUCGCUUCUACUCGCGCGCUGGCGAGCCGCUCGGCGACCUUGCGCUGGUGCAGGGCCAGUGGGCGCACCUCAACGCGCUAGACUCGCUGCUCACGCUCUCGCAGUCCCUCUCGCUGGACGACCACCACGCUGCUCAAAUGGUGUGGCGCUCGGCCAUUGUCGGCUUCGUCAACUUCACGGGCACCGCCGGCGUGUGGCGCGCUUCCGCCAUCGAGGCGGCGGGCGGCUGGCGCGCCGCGAGCUUGGUGGAGGAUUGCGAGCUCUCCUUCCGCAUCCUGUUUGCCGGCUACCGCACCGCCUUCGCCGAGGUGCCCGUGCCGGCCGAGUUGCCCGCGACUGUCGAGGCGUACCGCGCGCAGCAGCGCCGGUGGACGUUCGGGUGGGCGCAGCUGAUCCGGCUGCACGGCAGGCAGCUGAUCUGCGGCUACCGCUGCGCCGCGCUGAAGAAGGCGCGCAGCCCGCCUUAG